AUGCGUGGAACUGAGGUACCGGUUGUCGUCCAGUCGGACCCGAUUCUGUAUGAUUUCCCCACGACUGGGGAGCUAAGCAAGGCUCUCGGCGACUUCAUCGUCAAGGCCCAAAACGAGGCGGUCGAACGCCGUGGCAAGUUCACCAUCGCGCUCUCGGGUGGCUCUUUGCCCAAGAUGCUUGCUGAGGCACUUCUUAACCGCAAUGAUAAGUCCGUGCGCUGGGAGAACUGGCAAAUUUUCUUUGCGGAUGAGCGUCUCGUGCCGCUCAACGACGAAGAUUCGAACUACUACCUCGCGCACAAUGAGCUUUUUUCCAAGGUCCCCGAGCUGCAACGUGAUCAAAUUUACACGAUCGACGAGUCUCUCUUGGACGAUCCCGAGGAGCUUGCCGAUCAAUACGAAAAGCAAUUGGUGCAAGAGUUUGCGGAGAAGGACUCGGUGCGCAACCCCGUGUUUGACUUGAUCUUGCUGGGGAUGGGCCCCGAUGGUCACACUUGCAGCUUGUUUCCCAACCACCCGUUGCUUGGCGAGCAGUCCCGCUGGGUGGCUCCCAUCACCGAUUCGCCCAAGCCGCCUUCUACUCGCGUCACGUUUACCUACCCUGUGCUGAACCACGCACACCAUGCGGCGUUUGUUUUGGCUGGUGCUGGUAAGCAGGAAAUGCUCGCCAAAGUACUUGAUGACGCUAAACUUGGUCUGCCUGCAAGUCGCGUGCGUCCAUACACGCCUGGCAAUGUGUUCUUCUUUGCCGACGCUGCGGCUGCCAAGACGGCAAAGUACCCUCGCACCACUUUCCAUCUGUGA